AUGGAUAGAGCAAAAGAGGCGAUUGCUCAGGCUUUCAAAAACAAAGCAGAUAAGUAUGCAGAAGUCUUCAAAAUCAUUGACAGGAGGUGGAAUUGCCAAUUGCAUCAACCUUUGCAUGCUGCUGGGCAUUACUUGAAUCCGGCCCUGUAUUAUGAAAAUCCGAAUGUGGAAAAUGAUGAUGAAGUGAUGAGUGGAUUGAUGUCGUGUAUUCAUAAAUUAGCAUUGAACGAGGACGAGGAGAUGAAGAUUCAUGCCGAGCUCCCAAUAUACCGAAGUGCACAAGGGAUCUUCGGGAACCCGAUAGCGAAGAAAAUGAGAGUAAAAAUUGCACCAGGUAAAUAA